AUGGAGAUCGUGCUUUGGCUGUUAUGGCCGACGCUCGUGGUCGUCUCGCUCCUCUACUGCCUGGCACACACACGCCGUGCGGGCACGGGGCGGAUGCCACCGGGUCCCACGCCGCUCCCUCUCGUCGGCAACGUGCUCAGCCUCGGCGGCAACCUCCACCACACCCUCGCGCGCCUCGCUCGCGCCUACGGCCCCGUCAUGACACUCAAGCUCGGCCUCACCACCGCCGUGAUCGUGUCCUCGCGCGACGCGGCUUGGGAGGCAUUCGCGAAGCACGACCGGCGCCUGGCUGCGCGCGCCAUCCCGGACGCCGCCCGCGCGCUCGGCUUCUCCGACCGGUCCAUGAUAUGGCUGCCCAGCUCCGACCCGCUCUGGAAGAGCCUGCGCGGCAUCGUGGCCACCAACGUCUUCUCCCCGCGCAGCCUCGCCGGGGCGCUCGACGUCCGCCAGCGUAAGGUGCGGGACAUGGUGAGUUACUUCCGCGACUGCGCCGGCACAGAGUUGGACGUCGGCCAGGCACUGUACGGCGGCGUGCUAAACCUCGUGUCGAGCUCGUUCUGCUCCGUCGACGUGGUCGACAUGGGCGGCCAGUCGGCCCAGGGGGUGAGGAAGCUCGUUGAGGACCUCAUCGAGGUGAUCGCGAAGCCGAAUGUCUCCGAUCUUUUCCCUUUCCUUGGACCCCUCGACUUGCAAGGAUGGCGUCGCUGGACCGAGAUACGCUUCGAGAAAAUCUUCCUCAUAUUGGAUGGCAUAAUUGACCGUCGCAUGGCAGCUGCCAACGCCUCCACGGAGAAGCACUGUGACUUCCUCGACUCGCUCCUCGAGCUCUUGUCCACAGGCAAGAUGGCUCGCGACAGCCUGACAACCAUAGUGUUCGAGGUCAUUGCGGCCGGGAGCGACGCCAUGUCCAUCACCCUAGAGUGGGCAAUGGCGGAGCUGCUUCGGAACCCAAGCGUCAUGGCAAAGGUCCGCGCGGAGAUAGACGAUGCUCUUGGCGGCAAGGAGACCAUCGGCGAGACCGACGCGGCGAGCCUGCCGUACCUGCAAGCCGUGGUAAAGGAGGCUAUGCGGCUGCACCCGGUGGCGGCGAUACUGCUGCCACACCGGGCCGUGGAGGAAGGCGUGGAGAUCGGCGGCUACGCCGUGCCGAACGGCUCAACGGUCAUUUUCAACGCGUGGGCGAUAAUGCGGGACCCGGCGGCGUGGGAGAGACCCCACGAGUUCGUCCCGGAGAGGUUCCUGGGCAAGGCAGACCAGGUGGUGGACUUCCGGGGCAAGGCCUUCGAGUUCAUCCCGUUUGGGUCCGGCCGGAGGCUGUGCCCCGGCGUGCCGAUGGCGGAGCGCGUGGUGCCGUUCAUCCUGGCCUCGCUGCUGCACGCGUUCGAGUGGCGGCUACCGGACGGCGGUUCCGCGGCGGAGUUGGACGUGAGCGAGAGAUUUACCACUGCAAAUGUGAUGGCUGUCCCACUCAAGGCCGUGCCCGUCGUGAUCACCUAA